AUGGGGAACGUGUCCCCGACUCCGCAUCAGCUGCUGGUGGAGGCUAUCAUCUUCUGGAGCAUAGGAGUGGUGAUUUUCUUUGGGCGAAUUAUUUCACGUAUCAUCGCCAAUGGAUCCAUCAAACGUUUAUUUUGGGACGAUUAUGUCAUGACGGGAACCUUUAUGAUAUACACUACGCUACUGGUUUUGAUUCAGAUAUCCUCUCGCUACGCAACAAACCUAAUGGACCCGAAAGAUUAUGAUGAAGUGCUGGCAGACCCAAAGCAAGUCCACGAUCGAAUUUUUGGAAGCAAGAUCGUUAUCGGGUUAGAGCAGUGCAUGCUGUUCUCCACAUGGGGUGUCAAAACAUGCAUGUUGAUUCUCUACUGGAGGAUUACCCAAAACCUGCGCUCGAACCUUUACAUUAAGAUCCUAACUGUAUACGUCGCACUCGGCUUCGUCGUCAUCAUGGUCUGUUACUACACAGUAUACUGUCGACCAUUUUCACAAUAUUGGGCUAUGCCGGUGGAGAACAUGCAAUGCGCGACAUACCAACGAUACUCAAUCACGCAAGCCGUCUUCAAUAUCUCAUCAGAUGCAGUGAUGUUCGCUAUCCCGAUUCCACUCCUUAUCAAAGCCCAACUCAAAAAGGCAAGAAAGGUCGUCCUAAUCGGCGUGAUGAGUCUAGGUCUCUUCACCAUCAUCGCCGCCAUUCUCAAUAAAUACUUUAACUUCGCCUCGCCUCUCACCACAAUCUAUCAAAUUUGGUACAUCCGUGAAGCCAGUACCGCAAUCUACGUCGCAAACUUGAUGUGCUGGUGGCCACUAUUGCGAAAACUUUUCGGCCUCACAGCCUUCUCCUACAACAGUAACCGAGGCCGACGCGCGAACGACCAAAACAAGGAUAGCGGGUACUCCGGGUCCGAAUCGCAAUCGCGUCCGUCAAUCUCUCGUACUCUCGAGAGGCUCAAGCCUCCUUGUCGCAAGAAUGCCAAUAAUGUUCCAACCGCAAGACACUCUCGCCACGGCAAUACCCAUCGUUCUAGCCAAGAAGCCAUCACACAGGUUUCUGGUGAACAUGACUAUGCGACUGAGACUGAAGAGUACAAUAUGGACGACUGGAACAAAAAAAAAGGCCAGGGCAAUGAUAUUGAAGAUUCAAGGCUGGCUACUCCGCAGCUGAUUGCGCCUUUUCAGCAAAGUCCUUUGAAGGAAUCGCAAGACCACAUCAACAGGACUGUUUGA